AUGUUAAAAUAUCAAUUUGGUUAGAAAAUUGGAGAGGGCACUUUUGCAUAAGUCUAUAUUGGGGCUUGCAAUGACGAAUAAGUAUGCACAUUGUAACAUAGCUUUAGGUGGCCAUUAAGGUGCUCCAGAAGGAAUCUCUUAAGACUGAUCGAGACAAAUUUAGGGUCAAUAAGGAAAUCGAAUUACUAAACAAGGUCAAUCACCCAAACAUCGUUAAGAUGAAGGAAGUAAGGAAUCGUACUUAGAAUGUAGAUUGUAGAGGAUGAAGAGUCCAUAUAUUUGAUAACCGAGUAUGUUUCUGGCGGGGAGUUGUUCGAUUACAUUGUGGAGUAGUAGAGGUAAAUACGAUAUUAAGGUAGACUUUCAAAUGGAGAGGCAAGACAUGUGAUUAAGUAAUUGGUAAACGCAAUUGAAUAUUUGCAUGGUUUGGGUAUCAUUCACAGAGACCUUAAGCCAGAAAAUAUUCUAAUGAGAGAUAAUGGAGAUAUUUGUUUGAUAGAUUUUGGACUCUCAAUGGAAGUCACAAGAGGAUAGUUGUUAGUAACUCCAUGUGGAAGUCCUUGCUAUGCUGCUCCUGAAAUGUUAGAAGGCAAGAAUUAUGAUGGCACAAAAACAGACAUUUGGAGUUGUGGUGUCAUUCUUUAUGCUAUGCUAUGUGGCUACUUGCCUUUUGAUGAAGAGAACACUCAAGUAAUAUCUCAUAGAUUACAUUUCAGGAUCUGUAUGACAAGAUUAAACUGUGUCAAUACACAAUUCCCAAUUCUUUGCACAAAGAUGCCAAGGAUCUCAUCAGCAGGAUCCUCACCUAUGAGGAUUAGAGAAUCAACAUUGAAUAGAUCAAGGUCCAUCCAUUCUUUUUGGAUGACAAUGAGGAGGAGAAUAUCAAUGAAUUGUCCAUCGAACAAAUUGAAUAGCCUAUUCAGGACUAAGAGGAUCUUGAAGACCAAAUUUAAUAAGCCUCGUUUAUACAGUCACAACAUUAGGAAGAAGAGACUAUCGAAUACAUCCAGCCUAUACUGGAAGUGUAAAAUAGACCGAGAGGACAUACAUUAAAAAGGGAAUCCAUAAUGAAUGAAUUGGAAGUGAACAUUAAUACAAUAUAGCCUAAGAAUAAGUUUGAGCUGCCUCUUCAAAGUAAGGAGAAGAAGAAUCUUAAGACUAUUGAAGAAGCAUUCUAGAUAAUUCAAGAAUCGUCAAGACAAAAAGAUAGAAAAGUUACAGAGGAAUAGCAACAAUCACAAAUUUCAUUGGCUUAUAAACCAGCGAUGAAAAUCAACACAAAUAAACCAUAUACUAAAAUUAAGUAUGUACAAACUAUUAGAUAUCGUUAUUGA